AUGCGACCGUCUCUUGUUGUUCGCGGGGCACGGGCCGUCUCGGACGCCAUCGUCACCUCCCAACCGUUCAAACGGGCACAAUUUGGUCUCUUCCAGGGAAAGACCAAGCAAUACGGCAACAAUGUUCCAUUUUCCCUGCGCAAAACUCGUCGUACAUGGCUGCCCAACGUACAACGCAAACGGCUUUUCUCCGAGAGCAUGCAGGACUUUGUCAGAGUGAAACUGACAACGGCCGCUUUGAAGACGAAGGGUGGAAUAGACAACUACGUGAUACAGACGGGCUCAGAGACACUUGGCUUCAAGGGGAUGCAGAUACGACAACGGGUCCGAGACGCUCAGGCACGAAAUGCUGAGAGCGAGGCUGCAGCGCAGGCAUCCACGUCGAAGCCCGCCCCAACCCCUUCUCGAGCUGCGACAUUUGACCCGAUGGAGAGCAGGCGCUCCGCGCUGAAAUUCGUUCGGCACACGAGACGGCUCGCUGCCAAGGCGCUGGGUCUGACGGGCUUUGCUUCGGCAAAGGACACGAUAAAUUACAUGAAGGAGCAGAAACUCAAACAGGAUCGUUUGCUACCACGCAGGACACCGCAGGUCAUACCCGUAUAA